AUGCAGCUAAAAAGUCCGUUUCGUGAAACUCACGGCCUUAAUCCUGAUGUUUUAGAAGAUGACAUCGAGAUUCCCAUACGCGACGGCAGUGUUAUUCUUGCCCGUGUGUAUUACCCUGCGGAAAGGAUCACUAUCAAUGACAGCCUACCGCUGUUCAUAUUCUUCCACGGGGGCGGGUUCUGUAUUGGCAGUCGGUAUGAUGAUUUUGAGUCGAACCGCGCCGUUGCCUUGAGAAACAAGGCCGUUGUUGUCAGCCCCGAAUACCGCCUAGCUCCAGAGAAUUAUUUUCCCACAGCUGUGCAUGAUGGACUUGACACCCUUCAAUGGGUAGCAGCUAAAGCACAUAAAAUUCACCCUUCUACCUCGUCCUUCGCGGGUUUGAUUGUGGGUAGCACCUCGUCUGGUGGUAACAUUGCUAGCGCUGUGAUCUACCUCAACCGCGACCAGGAGCAUCCCGUCAAGGUAACAGGGCAAUUCCUUAGCGUGGCACCUUUGCUCCCGGCUCCUGUUGUCCCAGAAAAAUAUCGUCGAGACUGCUCGAGCGCCGAAGAAGCCAAUGAAUUCUCUUUUCCUUCACAGGACCUGAUUCAGCUAUUUCUUGAUGAGUCUUUGUUUAAUCACUCCUUCUACCCUCGACCUCAUCUUGUUCUUCGGAUAGCCUCGACUUCCAAGAUCAACCAUAAUUCCGUAACACCACAUUGA